CGGUUGCUGCAAUGAAGGAGAGCGGCGGCGCGAAGGCCGGCGAGGCCGACGACGGCAAGCGCGGGGAGCACGGCGAGUCGUUCUGCGUGAACAUGGAGGUCGAUCGAGACAUCGACGGGCUGUGGUUUCCUGCACGUAUCCUUGUCGACCAUGGCGAUGACACCUACGAUGUUGAGUACGACGAGGACCACAAGACUGAAGAACACAUUCCGGCGAUCGAGUUGAGGCGACGAGAUGAACAACAGAACCAGGCACCGCCGCCACGAUGCUAUACGAGCCACGGCCGCCCAGACGAUAUCUUCCUUCGAGACUCGUCGUUGCUCAUGCAGGCCGACUACGACCCGAACAAAGCCCCGACCGUCGUCAUGCAUAACAAGGGUGAAGCAACAGCAGGUACUUCGAUCUGCAUGCGUUUACACGGGUGGAUGUUCAUCUCGACAUCCAUUUGUUGUCAGCCAACGGGUACAUCAUCAACGGCAUCGAAACAAACGUGGCGGCGGGGAACGGCCUGCGCGGGAUUCGAUGGCUGCGUGUAAAUACAUGAGCGGUUGUUCUCCAUUUGUUGUGUCGAUUUCGACGCACAUGACGAUG